AUGGUGACAAGGGGUGGGACAGAGUGGGAGGGAAAAGAGAAUGUUGAAAAGGGAAGAGAGUGGUUUGGAGAGUCCGGUUCAGAAUCAGAGCAAGACUCAACAACCACUGAGUUGGGCUUAGGUGAACCUGGCUCCAGAAAGUCAGGCACAUUGCCUGGUUCUGCCUCAGGGAAAGUAGAGGUGGUAAGAAUUUGGACCGAGGAAGGAACCAGGCUUAGUAAAGAGGGUUUGGGUAGAGCCUGGCUAAGCGGGGGUGCCGAUUCCAUGGGAGUCGAGUCUGGGGCAAGGGAGGAAGGAUUGGGUGGGCUAGCGGGAGGUGGGGAUGGAAGAGAAGAAGAAAAGCGUUCGAACUCGACGGUGAGUUCGACGCGUGUUUUCGCAAGAAUUGCCAAUGCUAAAGGGAUAGGGGGAUUCAAGAUUGAGGACUACGCAAAAGCGUGCAUAAUGGAGACGGACGUGAUUGCCAUGGAGAAAGAAAAUUUUGCAUCCGAUAAAACCCAAAAGGGCAAGGUUCGACUGGAUAGCCUUGUUAGGGGUCUUGCCGAAGAAGAAUUUGCCUAUGAGGGAAUAUUUUAG